CUUUGUGAUUUAAAGAUGGCUGCCAGUUGAGAAGUGCGCAGUGAAUAAUGGUGUGUGGAUGUUUGCUUUGGUAUUUGGAUAUCGCUCGUCUCGUCUCGCGGCAGUGAGUUCGCGUCGUCUCGUGUCCAAGGCGGUCAGCCCAACUCUUUUCGGAAUCGCGACUGCAUCAGAUAGUGGAAAAACGAUCGAACUCGAAGAAAUGGGCCGGUCGCGUUCUCGAUCGAAAUCGCCGAGCAGACGGCGUCACAAGAGCAAGCAUUCGCGUAAGCGGUCCAAAUCGCGCGAGAAGCACUCCAACAACAAGUACUCGGACAAGCCGAAGGAGCGCAGCUCCAAGUCCAGAAAACGAUCCCAUUCCGCGUCGUCCAGCACUGGUACGGAUGUAUCAGAUGAUGUGCACAUCGUCAGUCACAAGAAACGUUCGUACAGGGACAGGGAUCGAAAGAUGGACGAGGUGGAAAGGCUUGCGGAAAUGGAGCGGCAAAGGAAAAAGAAAGAAUUAAUGAACAAAAUCUUCACUACGAGCUCAGUUGGACGUCAACGCGAGGUGGAACAAAAGAUGGUGGAAGAAGAAGCAGCCAAACGUAUAGAAGAGCUUGUACAAAAGAGGGUAGAAGAGGAGCUUGAGAAACGUAAGGAAGAAAUUGAUGCAGAGGUGCAAAGGCGGGUGGAAGAAGCCAAGAGGGCUAUGGAGCGUCAAAUGAUGGAGGAAAUGGAAUGGAGACAAGCGAAACUACGAGAGGAGGAGAAACGAAGAGAGGUAAGAUCUAUCCAUAGAAAUAUUGAAAAUAUUAUUGAAAAAAACAACAGAAAGAUAGAGGAGGCUCAGAAGAAAUUGGCUGAAGAAAGGUUGGCCAUGGUUGAAGAACAACGAUUAAUGGAAGAAGAAAGGCAAAAAAUGAGAAAGGAACAUGAAAAGCGUGUUAAGGAGGAGCAAAAGAGGAUCUUAGGCAAAAAUAAUUCAAGGCCUAAGUUAUCUUUUACAUUAAAAUCGGUUACGUAAGUUUAGUAUUUGUAUUGUUUCAUGCAGUUUUACAUGUGAUAUAUACACGAAAUCUUGUCAUCUUUCGUACUUGAUUCGCGAGAAUAGUUAUUAUAAAUUGUGUCUAUGUAGGUAUAUAAGUAUACUUAUAUAGAUACAUAGAUAAGUGCUGUAAUAUAAGAUACGAAGCUCACCCUAAUGUAUUCAAAUGUUUGUUGAAGUCAUACAAGAAGGAAUUUUAUUUAUGAUUGAUACUAGCAUACAUCAAAAUUAAAUAAUCAAUUCUCAUCUUGUGAGAUUUCAACACAGAUACAGAUGGGAUUUCAUGUUACAUGAGAUUAUGCUAAUAUCAGUAUGAACGAAUAAGUUUGUAAUGUAAAGUUAUCACACUUUGUACAUCAUACUUUGUUUUGUGUGUAAUUAAUUCGUUUACUGAUAUAAGCAUAUUCUAGCUUGUUUAGAUGUGUUCCAUGAUUUAUACAUAUGCUAUUUGUACAUCAUAGGUCCUCUAUUCUAUUAUUUUAUAUAUCAUUUCGAUAUAUAAAAAUCGGUUUUAUUUCAGUAAAAUAAAUCGUAUAUAUCACAUUAGAUCAUGUUGCAAUAAUAGUAAAUUGAUUGUUUAUACAGUUAAAUUGGCCGAAUGGAAUUUAUUAAUGGAAGAUACGCUCACAUUAUUUCCCUUUUUUAAACAGUUGUUUUUUAUGAACAACCUCCACGAUAAUAAUGUUCGCAAUGAUUUUUAUUGGAAACACUGUAAACACCGGACAACUAUUUUACAAUUAUAUUAAGAUUAUAUAUUAUCUAAAUAAUGUACAUUAUUUCGAUCUGACGCAGAAUAUAUUCUGCAAAGCGGCAAAAUGGAACGAUAUACGUUUUACGAUUAAAAAAUCAAAUGAAGUAAUAUAACGAUUUAAAAAGUUGCAAAAAUGAUUUUGUACGUGAGUAAUGAAUGAUACGUGAAGCGUGACAUAAUCCUAUCUACGUUAACCGUGUAAUAACGUGUAUACAUUGUUCCGUAAAAAGAAAAACAUUUUGUCUAUACAGGAUUGUAUACCUAUAGCAUUGUUAUUUGUAACAUAAACACGUUUUUAAUAAAA